CAUUUAAGCGCUUGACGCACUAGCGUUCCGUGUGAGAACGGUUCGAGAUGUCGUUGUGCGUGCGUGUCUGCUCGGCGCAGAACUAGAAAGGACUGAACAUGUAUCGCUCAGCCUGUGGAAAAGUGUCGAAAUGAAUAUCAGAUAAAUUGUGAAAGUCAAAUUCAUUACGUUCCACAUACAAUCCACAUGCGUUAAAGUGAAAUUAAACCAAAUCUUACGUUCCACCUAAGUACACAGACACUAGAAUGACACUAACUACAAUAAAAGAUUUGACAUUUGUGAAAAAAGUAUCGAAAUCAAAAAACAUCGAGAUCCACAUAUCAUCCACACACAUUAUAUAAGUGCAAAUGUGGUAUACGUUAUAAAUGUGAUAGAUAUUUCCCAAUAAAGUGCAAUAAUUAAUGUUCCACAUAACAUCCACACUCGCUAAUGUUAACAAUAUAUAGUACAAAUUCUAAUGUUACUUGUUAAAAGGAAUAUAAAGUAGAAUCCACAUACAAUCCACGAAAGCAAAUGUGCUCCAAGUGACUGUUAUUUCCUCAUAGCACAUAGGCCACAAUGCCAAAUAUACGCAGCAGUAUAUUUGUGCUCUUUGUGGUGCUUUGCAUCGCGUCACACACAAAUCCUUAUGUCCUACGUCCUCGCCUGAAGAAUCGCUCCCAUCAGCUGCUGGGCAGCAUUGGAGUGCAUUCCAGGCACUUCAACCCGCUUCGACCGGUUACAAAUGGUGUACCGCAAUACACGGAUAUUGAUCGCAAUUACCGCAAAUUGUUUCUCAUAAUUCGUGGAACCUUGUUGAGUCCGGCGCUGAAUGACAUUCCAGCACUCUACAGGCACAACAGGCAUGAGGGCAAAAUGCAGGUUGCGAUUCCCAAUCAUGUUCCAUUUCCCUGCCCGCUGAAUAAUACACGAUCCCGAACAACGCCGACCUCUGUGGAACGUCUGCGACCUGGCGACAUAGACAUUAUUGCUUCCAUAGGAGAUUCCCUGUCCGCUGGCAAUGGCAUUGUAUCCAGCAAUAUGGUCGACCUGCUUAAAGAGUUUCGGGGUUUUUCGUUCACUGGCGGAGGUUUGGGCACCUGGCGCACGGCUCUAACGCUGCCCAACAUACUGAAAGUCUUCAAUCCAAAACUCUAUGGCUUUGCCACGGGCCACAGUCUGGUUGCAAACCAUGAAACUUCGCAUUUUAGCAUUGCAGAGCCCAUGAUAAUGUCGCACGAUCUGUUGUAUCAGGCACGUGUGAUCAUCGAUCUGAUGCAACGCGAUCCACACGUGGAUAUGCAACGACACUGGAAGCUGCUCACCGUGUUUGUGGGUAACAAUGACCUCUGCUCCGACAUCUGUCACUGGGACGAUCAGCAGAAAUUGAUCGAUCGCCAUGCUAAAGAUCUGCGCCAAGCCUUUCGCCUGCUACGGGACAAUGUGCCGCGGCUGCUCAUCAAUCUGGUGGCAGUGCCCAAUAUUUUAGCCACGAUGGGUCCUAUUAAGGAUGUACCCUUCCAAUGUUUUUUGGUGCAUCGCCUUGCCUGCAAUUGCCUGUUGAGCGAUCGUCUGACCGCUGCCGAGGCACAACAACGACACAACACGAUUCGGCGCUGGCAACAGGUGGAUCUGGAGGUAGCACGUUUGCCUGAGUUUCAACGAAAAGAUUUUGCUAUUAUUGGCCAUCCCUUGCUUAUGAACCUAAGCGCGCCCUUGCUGCCCAAUGGUAAUGCGGAUUGGCGCUACUUCUCCCACGAUUGUUUCCACUUCAGCCAGCGCUCGCACGCAAGCGCCUCGAGUCUGUUGUGGAACAGCAUGUUCCUGCCGGACGAACAGAAACCGCGACCCACCAAACUGCCAGAGCCUUUCGAAAGGUUUAUGUGUCCCAGCAAGGAGCAGCCUUUCUUUGUGGUGCGACCCAGCUGAAAGAGUUGAGAAUCGAAAUGAAUAUAAUUAGGAUAUUAAAUUUUGGAUAUGCUGGUAUUAUAAAUAGUCAAAUUGUGGGGAAAUAACUGGGAGGAAUUUAAAAAUAAAAAUAAAUACC